AUGGAGCUGGUAAGCGGCGGUGAGCUCCUGGAUGCCCUCGAUGCCCUGGGAUUGCUGAAGUAUUCUCAGGCUUUGUUCUACACUGGUUGCAUUGUUCUGGCACUGGAGUUUCUGCAUUCGCGCCGUAUAGCGUACCUUGACCUGAAAAGCGAGAACUGCUUGAUCGACCAGCAGGGCUACCUCAAGAUGAUCGAUUUCGGCAUAGCAAGGCGCAUCACCAAUACCCGAUAUGGGCCGCUCAAGGGCACACCAAUGUUCAUGGCUCCAGAGAUGAUCCUCGGCAAG